GCAUUUAAACCACGAUAUGAAAAUGAUUAUCGUAAGAGUGGCUCAUCAUAUGGAAAUAACAAUGGCCCAAAGGCUAACUAUGGUGGAGGAAAUAACCAAGAAAGAUAUGCUCAAGGUGGUCCACGAAAUAACAAUGGUGGAGGAAAUAAUCAAGAAAGAUAUGCUCAAGGUGGUCCACGAAAUAACAAUGGUGGUGGAAAUAACCAAGAAAGAUAUCCUCAAGGUGGUCCACGAAAUAAUAAUGGUGGCGGUUAUUAA